CUCUACCAAAUUUACAUAUAUUUUCAAGCUUCGAGAUUUUACUCAAAAUUUAAAUAAAUGUAUUCAAUUUUUAACGAAAUUAAAUCCGAUUUAAGCAAGUGACUGGGAUAAGUAUAGAGAACAGCUUACUGCCAAAGGAUCGCAGUACAGUGAACACAGCUACGACGAUUGGGAGCAAUACAUCGAAGCGAAUUCACGAAUUGACAUGGGCAAAAAGAAGAAGCAAAGCAAACAACAAGCAAAGCAGAAAACAGAGAAUAAUGAGACGACGGCGACGACGCCGACCGCGAGGACGAGAACGAUUGACGAGGAGACGGGCUGCCUAAUGGAUAUCCUGCACCUGCACAUGCUGCAACUAAUCGAGGAUCGGAUAGGUUUGCAGCUCCAGCUGGAGACGCAAACGUCCAGAGCACGGCUCAUGCUGGCCAAGACGCGACUGCAGCAGGGACGACCCCACUUGGCCACCGUCACGCGGCUCUCCAGCUCCAGUUCCAGUUCCAGCUUCAGCAGCAGCCCCUGCACGCCCUGUCGCGCGCUCUGUCGCCUGCUCGAACAAAGCAUCGAAUGGUGCAGCUCCUUCAAGCUGCUGCGACACAAGGUGAAUCAGAAACUCGGCUUUCUGCAUCCCAUCAAUCGCAUCUUUGGCUCCCUGGUCCCAUACAGCUUGCGGCUAGCGAGCGGCAACUGGGAACACUGUGUGGAGCUGAUCGUGGAGAGCGCGAAUAUCCAGCGUGAAUUGCAAUCUGUAGUCAAAGCCAUUGAACGAUUCAAUUGGGCGCUGCGCAGAAGGGGCUGCAUCUGAGCGCCUUGGGGUAAUAAGUUCAAAGUUGAGAAUAUAGGACGUGCCCAUCCUAGCUUCCAUUUUUACCAAAUGGAGAGGGGGACACUCUCUUUUAAGGAAAUGCACUUGUGUGAAUAUCUGAGUACAUAUGUAUAAAUAAUAUUACUUCUUAUAUAUCUUAA